UGCCCUCGGCGGCUGGGGCUGGGGCGGCGGAGGAGGAGGAGAAGGAGGAUGAACCGCUGGCGUCCCCCCGCCUCCCGCUGCUGACGACGACGACGCCGCCGCUCAGCUCAGCCUGCUGCGGGCUCAGCGCCGCGCCACCGGCCAUGGUGCCCAGCGAGGAGAACCAGCUCGUCCCCAAAGAGGAUAUGUUUUGGAGUUGCAGACAAAGUAUCUUUGCUGAAAUGAAGAAGAAAUUUUCACAGGUGGAAAGUGCUGCUGAGGAACCCAGGGUGCUGUGUAUAAUACAAGAUACCACAAAUUCCAAGACAGUUAAUGAGCGUGUUACCUUGAACCUGCCAGCUUCCACACCACUUAAAAGGCUGUUUGAAGAUGUGGCUUCAAAAGUGGGCUACGUGAAUGGAACUUUUGAUUUAAUGUGGGGAAAUGGAGAUAAUGUAACUGAUACGACUCCAAUAGAUCAGAACAGUGACAAAACUAUUCUCGAUGCUGGUUUUGAGCCAGGGAAGAAGAACUUCCUGCAUUUGACAGACAGAGAUGGUGAGCAGCCUCAUACAAUGCCGGAGGAUUCAGGUACAACAGAUGACAGUGCGCAAGACAGAUUUAUAGGCCCUCUUCCAAGAGAAGGCUCUGUUGGCUGUACCAAUGACUACGUCAGUCAGAGCUAUUCUUAUUCAUCAGUCCUGAGCAAAUCGGAGACAGGUUAUGUGGGGCUAGUAAAUCAAGCAAUGACUUGCUACUUGAACAGCCUUCUACAAACACUUUUCAUGACUCCUGAAUUUAGAAAUGCGUUAUAUAAAUGGGAAUUUGAAGAAUCUGAAGAGGAUCCUGUGACGAGUAUCCCCUACCAGCUUCAAAGACUGUUUGUUUUACUGCAGACCAGCAAAAAAAGAGCAAUUGAAACAACAGAUGUUACACGGAGUUUUGGAUGGGAUAGUAGUGAGGCAUGGCAACAACAUGAUGUACAGGAGCUUUGCAGAGUCAUGUUUGAUGCUUUGGAGCAGAAAUGGAAGCAAACAGAACAGGCCGAUCUUAUAAAUCAGCUCUACCAAGGCAAACUGAAGGACUAUGUAAGAUGUCUAGAAUGUGGCUAUGAAGGCUGGAGAAUCGACACUUACCUGGAUAUUCCUUUGGUCAUCCGGCCAUAUGGCUCCAACCAGGCAUUUGCUAGCGUGGAAGAAGCACUGCAUGCUUUCAUUCAGCCUGAGAUUCUUGAUGGCCCCAAUCAGUAUUUUUGUGAACGAUGUAAGAAGAAAUGUGAUGCAAGGAAGGGUCUGCGGUUCUUGCAUUUUCCGUAUCUGCUGACAUUACAGCUGAAGAGAUUUGACUUUGAUUAUACCACUAUGCACAGAAUUAAACUCAAUGAUCGUAUGACUUUUCCUGAGGAGUUAGACAUGAGUGUCUUCAUUGAUGUUGAAGAUGAGAAGUCUCCUCAGACUGAGAGUUGCACUGAUAGUGGAGCUGAAAAUGAAGGCAGUUGUCACAGUGAUCAGAUGAGCAAUGAUUUUUCUAAUGAUGAUGGAGUUGAUGAAGGAAUCUGCCUUGAAAGCAAUAGUGCAGCAGAAAGACUUUCUAAAGCUGGCAGUGAAAAGAGUUCUUUACUGUAUGAGCUCUUUUCUGUUAUGGUUCAUUCUGGAAGUGCUGCUGGUGGCCAUUAUUAUGCCUGUAUAAAAUCUUUUAGUGAUGACCAGUGGUACAGCUUUAAUGAUCAGCAUGUUAGCAAGAUAACUCAGGAAGAUAUUAAGAAAACAUAUGGUGGAUCUUCUGGAAGCAGAGGCUAUUAUUCCAGUGCUUUUGCUAGCUCCACAAAUGCAUACAUGCUGAUAUACAGACUGAAGGAUCCCACAAGAAAUGCAAAGUUUCUUGAGGCACAUGAGUAUCCAGAGCAUAUUAAACAGUUGGUACAGAAAGAGAGAGAACUGGAAGAACAAGAGAAGAGGCAACGUGAAAUUGAGCGCAACACUUGCAAGAUUAAAUUGUUUUGCAUGCAUCCUACAAAACAAAUAAUGAUGGAGAACAAAUUAGAGGUUCAUAAGGACAGGACACUGAAGGAAGCUGUGGAAAUAGCUUACAAGCUAAUGGAUUUAGAAGAGGCUGUUCCUUUGGAUUGCUGCCGUCUUGUCAAAUAUGAUGAGUUUCAUGACUACUUGGAACGAUCUUAUGAAGGAGAAGAGGAUACGCCAAUGGGUUUAUUACUUGGAGGUGUCAAAUCAACAUACAUGUUUGACUUACUGUUGGAAACAAGACGACCUGACCAAAUUUUCCAGUGCUAUAAACCUGGUGAGGUCAUGGUAAAGGUUCAUGUAGUUGACCUAAAGACUGAAUCUGUUGCUCCUCCAAUAAGUGUACGAGCUUAUUUGAAUCAAACAGUUUCAGAAUUUAAACAGCUAAUUUCAAAGGCUACACACCUGCCCGCUGAAACAAUGCGGGUAGUAUUAGAACGUUGCUACAAUGACUUGCGUCUUCUGAAUGUUUCCAGCAAAACACUGAAAGCUGAAGGCUUUUUUAGAAGCAACAAGGUAUUUAUUGAAAGCUCAGAGUCUUUAGAUCGUCAUGUGGCGUAUACAGAUUCUCAUUUGUGGAAACUUUUGGAUCGUCAUGCAAAUACAAUCAGACUAUAUGUUUCAUUACCAGAGCAAUCACCUGGAUCUCAAUUUAGACGAGCAGUUUAUCAGAAGUCUAGUGGAGAUUCAGGCAACUUGGAUGAAGCCUGUGAAAGAGUAAAAGGAUCUGUAGGUAAUAUGAAAUCUGUAGAGGCAAUCCUGGAAGAAAGCACCGAAAAGCUUAAAAGCUUGUCCCUGCAGCAGCAGCAGGAGGGGGAUAAUGGAGACAGCAGCAAAAGCACAGAAGCCAGUGAUUUUGAAAACAUUGAAUCACCUUUAAAUGAAGUAGACUCUUCAGCAUCAACAGAAAACAGAGAACUUGAAAACCAAAUUCAGAUUUCCGAUCCAGAAAAUCUCCAGUCCGAGGAACGGUCAGAUUCAGAUGUAAAUAACGACAGGAGUACAAGUUCAGUGGACAGUGAUAUCCUCAGCUCCAGUCAUAGCAGUGAUACUUUAUGCAACGUGGACAAUGCCCCACUUCCCUUGGCUAAUGGACUUGAUUCUCAUAGUAUCACAAGUAGUAGGCGAUCAAAAGCAAAUCAGGGGAAGAAAGAAACCUGGGACACAGCAGAAGAAGAUUCUGGAACAGAUAGUGAAUACGAUGAAAGUGGCAAGAGCAGAGGAGAAGCACAAUAUAUGUACUUUAAGUCAGAACCCUACACUGCAGAUGAAGGUUCGGGAGAAGGGCAAAAAUGGCUGAUGGUGCAUGUUGAUAAAAGAAUUACACUGUCGGCCUUCAAGCAACAUUUGGAGCCUUUUGUUGGAGUUCCAUCUUCUCACUUCAAAGUCUUUAGAGUCUACGCCAGCAAUCAAGAGUUUGAGAGUGUUCGGCUGAAUGAGACACUUUCGUCAUUUUCUGACGACAAUAAGAUAACUAUUAGACUUGGGAGAGCCCUUAAGAAGGGUGAAUACAGAGUCAAAGUCUAUCAACUUUUGGUAAAUGAGCCAGAGCCAUGCAAGUUUCUUCUAGAUGCAGUUUUUGCUAAAGGAAUGACUGUCCGACAGUCAAAAGAGGAGCUGCUUCCUCAGCUUCGAGAACAAUGUGGCCUAGACUUGACAAUUGACAGGUUUCGCCUACGAAAGAAAACCUGGAAGAACCCAGGCACUGUGUUUCUGGAUUAUCAUAUCUAUGAAGAAGAUAUCAAUAUUUCAAGCAAUUGGGAGGUCUUCUUAGAAAUACUUGAUGGAGUAGAAAAGAUGAAAUCCAUGUCACAACUUGCUGUUUUAUCAAGACGAUGGAGGCCAUCAGAGAUGAAACUAGAUUCUUUCCAGGAAGUAGUACUAGAAAGCAGCAGUGUUGAAGAAUUAAGAGAGAAGCUGAGUGAAAUAAGUGGAAUACCCUUAGAAAACAUAGAAUUUGCAAAGGGUAGAGGAACGUUUCCAUGUGACAUUUCUAUACUAGAGAUUCACCAAGACUUGGACUGGAAUCCUAAAGUAUCUACAUUGAAUGUCUGGCCUCUGUACAUUUGUGAUGAUGGUGCAGUAAUAUUUUAUAGGGAUAGAACUGAAGAGUUAAUGGAAUUAACAGAUGAGCAGAGAAAUGAACUGAUGAAAAAAGAAAGCAGCAGACUCCAGAAAACUGGACACCGGGUAACCUACUCUCCUCGUAAAGAAAAAGCACUAAAAAUCUAUCUGGAUGGAGCACCAAAUAAAGAUUUGACUCAAGACUGAUACUUGCUAUAGCAUUUUCCCUGGGGAAUUUUUUUGUUUAAAAUAAAAAGGUUCACUACUACUGUGUAGUGCCAUUACGGCAGGACAUUCAUUAGGUGUAAAGCGCUGACACCAGCACUGAUUGGGCUGUGUUACCAAUCAGAAGCGCAGUGUCCCAUUGGGUCACUGCUUGACUUGGAAUCAUGUUGUGCACUAUAGUCAAAUGUACUGUAAAGCUAAAAGGGAUGUGCAAAUAAAAGAUUAGAACUCAAAAGUGGGCGGGGAGGGAAAUGAGUGGAAAUUUUUGAGGACAGUGUGCACAUAGUAGCUAGUGAAACUAGCCUCAAACAGGAUACUCAUAGCUUAAUAAUAAAAGCUGUGCAAAGGCCAUGAAAGAAUCCUUUUUUCUGUUUGUUUCACUGAUACACGCAUUACCUCAUCAGAGAGUCUGAAGUAAAUGUUAACACAUUGGUUCUAGAAAAGCAGCAGAAAAGGGUCGAAGAUGAAAUGGAAGUGCUGCAAGUGUAAGAUUUUAGAAUAUUCUUCCAUAAAACAGGUAGUCUGAGAGGUGUCUGCAGAAAGCUGCCAGCAGGUGGUGGUUCAUUUUGCAGAAGUGCUGUUGUAAGGUAAACUGGUUUUUAAUAGGUUAUGGAAGCCAAUGAGCAGCUCUAUUAUAUUGCGUUCAACGUGUAAAUAAAAUUUGCCCUAUCCAUUUAACAGAACUGCAGUUCAGCUAUUUACCAUGGUAUUUCUUUUCACAUAUCAACAUUCAUUGUGUACAUUUGGAAGUAUAGUUGCCUAUUUAAAUUUGUAUUCAUUUUAUGUUUGACAAUGCUGGGUACUUUAGGGUUGUAUUUCCCCUUGUUAAUGAAGUUUUUGUUUUGUUCAGCUACUUUUUGUACAUUUUGUUUUUGAGACUAUUACAAGUUUGCAUCUUCUCCACCCACUGAAAGUCAUUUUUCCCAGAGUUGAUUCUGUAGCUGUAUGUAGUCAAAUACUGGGGCAACCUCUAACACCUCAACAUACAAACUUGGUAGUUCAGGUUGUGGUGCAAAGACUGAUGCAGUCAACAUGAUUUCAUUGCAAAGCCUAGGAACAGCAAUUUUUUGCUUUGGUCCAUAAAGAUCAAUAGAGAACAAUUCUGCGUAGUUUUUGGAAAACCACCUAAUUUAUAACAAUCAAAAGAUUUUGGUAAACUUUUUCAUGCCAGAUGCUGUUUACAACAAUGAACAUGCCAAUAAAACAUUUGUUCAUUCUGUUGUGUUAUUUUAAUCAUUAAAUGCUGUGGUUCUUAUUUGAAAAAUUAUGGAAUUAUUUCAUGGAAAUACAGAUUUUCCCAAGGCAAUGUCAGAAUUG